AUGGAUCUCUUGGGUGAUCUUGGAGCAGAAGCUCAAUUGACAUCGACGCGAGCGGAAAAUGCAAUCUUGAAAGAAAAAGUAAAAAUAUUGGAAAUGAAAUGUCGAGCACUAUCGGUGGAAAAUGAGUCGCUGAAAGUAGAGGUGGAAAUUUAUCGAAAAGAAGCCUCGUUAUCUGCUGCUGCAGGUGACGGCAGCGAAUCCAAACCAGCGACACUGGUCGUGGAGGAAAUGGAUCACUUUGUAAAAGCCGGAAAUGGAGUUUAUGCACAGAAAAAAGAGAUUACGCUCGACAAUCUUCAUGCUGGAAUGAAUAUAUCUUGUUGCGCCUUGUCGAAUGAUGACACGAUUCUUGCCACGGGUGGUGCCGACAAGACCUUGGCGCUCUGUCAAUGGGGUGGGGCGUUUUCCGACAAGAAUGUGGUCCAAGAAGCGAUUCAUCUGACAUGUGAUGCACCUGUUAUUUCGGUCAACUUUGCUGGCAAAAAGAGACAGCCAUUUGUAGCAGCUGGAUGCAUGGACGGAUCUGUCAAACUGUGGAAAUAUGACACAUAUGAAGGUUUGACGGCCAAGGAAGUUGGCGAGGGGAUGAUUCAGCACAAGCGAUACGUCCGAAAUGUAGCGUGGGCAUCCGAUGAGAACUUGGUAGCUUCGGCCUCUGCCGAUGGAGUCGUUCAAGUGCACCGAGUCAUUUGGGAUGGUCUAUCAGAGAAUGUGAUAGUCGAAAAAGUGGAGACACUGAAUCUGCAGGGUGCUGUGGAGGCUCUCUGCUUCCAUCGAGAAAAGCUAAUCUGUUAUCCCAGAGAGUCUCCGUACUUGCUAUACUUUGAUGUCAAGGAGAAUUUUAAGCAGUCUAAGAUCAAUCUGAACAAGGGACAGGCUGGUUACACUGCCGGGUUUGACGAACAUGUCAGCUUUGCCGUGAUGGAUAUUGCUGCACAAGGAGACUACCUAGCACUAGCAACCGAUACAUCAAGAAAUAUUAUUAUGGAACUCGAGACUGGCAUUCAAGUUCGAAAUUUGUAUGGACACAAGAAUGAUGGUUUCUCGCAACCAAAAAUUGCUUGGAGUAAGAAUGGACAGUAUAUUUACGGCAACACACAAGAAGAGGCCAUGAUCUGUGUUUGGGAGAUAUCCGGAUCUACAAUCGUGCAAAAGCUAGAGAAUGGUCACACUCAGGCGAUUCGAGACAUGUGCUCAAGUCACUUGACAGAUACUCUUGUCACAACCUCUUUUGAUAAGCAAACAAAUCUAUGGUUUGCAGAGUCGGAAUAG